AUGCAAACCCAAACCAAUUCCUACAACACAUCAGCACAUAGUUUGGAGGCGUCUGUGAAGUCGUCGGAGACUGUAGUGGAUGUGGACGUCAACCAAACGCCAGUUAUGAUCGACUUGAAUAAUCAGUCCCGAGUGAUCAGCAAGAGCACCCGGUGCUCAGCGAUGGUCGAGAGGGACAAGUAUUUGCUGACAUGCGAGCCGCAGAUCAAGACUUUAUUGGAUUGUGUUUAUCGCGGAUAUAAGAUAUCGAGGGACAACCACUGCCUGGGCCUUAUUAGUCCGUACACCAGUGCUUACGAAUGGUCUACUUAUAGUUUGGUGUCCAUUGGCUGCGAACCCAACAAUAAGACGAUCAUUGCUUUCUUCAGCAGAAAUAAUUUCAAACUAAUGAUCGCUGAGUACGCGUGCUAUCACUACUCGAUGGCAGUGGUGCCCAUAUUUGACACCACGGAAUCCAAUACAUGGAAAUACAUUUUUCAGCAAAUUGAGCCCAAAUGCGUGAUCGUGGACUCCAACGAAAGGGCCAAACAGGUGAUGAACUUCACGGCCGUCAGGUAUAAAGUCGAGAGUCUGAUCCUCACCAGCGAUCACUUGUAUCCCGAAACCAAACUAUUGGCUGAGAAAAAAGCGCUCUUAACUCACGGCAAUCUCGUGGCCGCCGUUUCUGGACUUCUCUUACAUUUGGCCUGUAUGUUCUACAGUGGCGGCCGUAUUGGCAUCUAUUCCGGUGAUUUCAAAGACCUGUCCCGUGAUCUCCCGGUCAUCUCAAAAGUGAGGGGCAAUUGGGUUCGGAGUCGAGUGCUAGACAUCGCUCUGAAGUCAAAACAACCGGAUUUUUUGAAAGCGGUCGGCUCGUCCAACAGCAGUAUAUGGGAUAAAGUGGUGUUCAAAACGGUGAAGCAAACUCUGGGCGGAAACCUAAAGCUACUAAUAUCCGGCUCAUCGCAAAUCUCGUCGACUGUUUUGAAUUUCAUACGCAAUUCGUUUGGAUGUCGGGUCUUGGAGUGCUAUGGUUUGACGGAGUGCUCGGCGUUUGUAACUCUAACCCAUUGCGCCGAUCAAUCAUCCGGUAAGACAUGGCAUACCAUUCCCCUCCUACCCAUACCCAUCUGCGUUAAGGGAACCAACGUUUUCUCGGGUUUUUAUAAGGGAUCCGAUGAACGCGUGUUUGACGAGGAGGGCUGGUAUCACACCGGCGAUGUCGGCCAAUGGCUUAAGAACGGAACACUUAAGAUAAUGGACCGAAAGGAGCAUAUCUUUCAGUUGAGUAACUCAUUGGAACUGGAGUUCAUCUGUCCGGACAAGGUCGAGAACAUAUACAUCCAGUCGCAAUAUGUGGGACAGGUGUUUGUGGACGCCAACUAUUUCCAAACGGGACUAAUAGCUAUCGUCAUACCGGACGUGGACGGCAUAAACCUGUGGUGCGCCGAGAAUAACAUGCUAUUAUCGGCCGCCGAAGCCUGCAAGAACGUGGUGACGGACAUCGCCCUCCACAGCGACCCCUUCACACAGGAGAGCGGUUUCCUGACGCCGACCAUGAAGUUGAAGAGACAUGAAUGUCGGCAACACUUCCGACAACUCAUCGAAGAGACCUCGAAGAAGGAGAAUACGGAUAAUAUUCAGCGGAUUAUCUGAAAAUAAAACUGAAAAUUGAUUUGAUUUUUGCGGCGA